AUGAGCUCCUAUUUCGUGAACUCUCUUUUCUCCAAAUAUAAGAGCGGAGACUCGCUGCGUCCCAACUACUACGAGUGCGGUUUCGCUCAGGAGCUGGCGGGCAGUCGGCCCACUGUGGUCUACGGCCCGGGCUCCGGAACCACCUUCCAGCAUGCGCCGCAGAUUCAGGAUUUCUACCACCACAGCGCCUCGACGCUGCCCAGCAACCCAUACCAGCAGAGUCCCUGCGCGGUCACAUGCCACGGCGAGCCGGGGAACUUUUACGGAUACGACGCCUUGCAGCGACAGACACUUUUCGGCGCCCAAGACGCGGAUCUGGUCCAAUUCAGCGACUGUAAACUGGGAGGCGCUCCGGGACUCGGCAGCGAGGACACCGAAGGCACCGACCAAAGCCCCUCACCCACGCAACUGUUUCCAUGGAUGAGGCCACAAGUAGCUGCGGGCCGUAGGCGGGGUCGCCAGACCUACAGCCGCUACCAGACCCUGGAGCUGGAGAAGGAGUUCCUCUUCAACCCCUAUCUGACCCGGAAACGCCGCAUCGAAGUAUCACACGCUCUGGCCCUCACAGAACGGCAGGUGAAGAUCUGGUUCCAGAACCGUAGGAUGAAGUGGAAGAAGGAGAACAACAAGGACAAGUUCCCCAGCAGCAAGAGCGAACAGGAGGCGGUGGAGAGAGAGAGGAGGGAGAAGGAGCUGAGAGAAGGUGGAGGCACCACCGGAGGAGGGGGGGGAGAGGGCGGCGGAGGUGGGGGAGUGCAGCCGGUGUCGGUGCCGGUGGCGGGUACAGCGGGAACCCAGGCCUCGGUCAGUGAUGACUGCUGCGAGAAGAACAAGCAGAUGUGA